AUGUCAGCAGGCGUGUCAGAUCAGCGAAUGAAAGGACAAGGGAAUCAAGUGACAAAUGUACCAAAAGAGCAACAGUUAGAAAGUGGUGGCGACGAGUUGGCAGAGGUGUCAUGGCGUCACCAACAGCAACCCUCAUAUGCACCACCCAUCUCGUCAGCAGCCGAUCCCUACAACGCGGCAGGUUAUUAUGGCACAACAGCACUUCCUUACCAAGCUUUUGGAGUUGGGGAUGGUACAUGGUCCACCAAUGGAACAGACCCAAUGACAUUCCUCGGAGGAUACAAUCCUCACGAUUCUUAUGGAAUGGAUGGUGUAUUCGGACCAUCAACAACGCCUUUUUCAACUGCUGCGUUCGGGCAGCCAGCAUCGACUUUUAAUUAUUUUCAUGGAAAUGGUGAUUACUCUACGUGGGGUCAAUUAGGACGUGCAAAGCAAUACGAUGAUUACUAUAGAGCUGACGGCUUGUACGUCCCAGAUGGGGUUAAAGCCGUCGAUACUGGUAUGCAGGCACUUUCGCUUGGAGAUCAUAAAGUGGACAAGGAUCGCAUUACUGAGCUCAAAGAUGUUUCAAGUGGAUCGCAACCCAAAAAGAUGACAUGGGCUUCCAUUGCCAGCCAACCAGCGAAGCCGGCACCUACAUCGCAAAGUAUUGGAUUAAAAAAGAAAGGCCCGGGUAUGCCACCACCUCCAAUAGUGCCGGGUAAACAUAACAUGGAUAUAAGUACGUGGGAUGCAGGCAAGAGUGCUCCGGUUGUGUCUGCGCCACCGCCGCCCCCGCUGCAGCCGCCUUCAGUACCGGCACCUCUUCCAAUGCCAACACCGGCGCCGGCACCACCAACUCCUCUUCAACGUGGACCACCGCCGCAACAUCAGCCGCCACCGGCCUGGGCACAUGCUCCCCGAGCUCCACCACCACAUCAGCCGCGGCCUCCUCUUCCAGUACCACCAGUUGUUGUUCCUCCAGUCGCCACCACCCCGGCUCCAACGCCACAUCCUGUACUCGAUGAGCUACGAGUAAAGAAUGACUACAACCCAAAGGAGUUUGACCUAAGUGCUCCACUCGCUCGUUUCUUUGUGAUUAAAUCAUACUCAGAAGAUGAUAUACACCGUAGCAUCAAAUACGAAAUAUGGUGCAGCACAGAGCACGGUAACAAACGCCUCGACGCGGCUUACCGUGAACGCGAAAGAGAAGGUGGCACAGUAUAUCUCUUCUUUUCAGUCAACGGUAGUGGACAUUUCUGCGGCAUGGCACGCAUGACUAGUGCGGUCGACUAUAAUUCCAAUUCUAACGUGUGGUCACAGGACAAGUGGAAGGGACAAUUCCGUGUCAGGUGGAUCUACGUAAAGGACGUUCCAAAUGUGCAAUUACGUCAUAUCAAGUUAGAGAAUAAUGAAAACAAGCCAGUGACGAACUCUCGCGAUACACAAGAAGUGCCGCACGCGAAGGGUCUUCAGGUGCUACGGAUCAUGCAUAGUUACUGCCAUUCUACCUCAAUUUUCGAUGAUUUCAUUCAUUAUGAGAGGCGCCAAGAAGAGGAGGAUUCGCGAAAAGUGCCUCAUCAAACUACUCAGGACAAUAAUCGUGAGGAUCAUGAUGGAGGCCGUGGGUAUCGUAAUUAUCGUGAUUAUCGAGAUCACCGUGACGGGCGCGAGGGACGUGACGGCCGCGAUGGUCGCGAAGGUCGUGAUGGACGAGAAGGACGAGACCAUCGCGAUAAUCGAGAUUCUAGGGACCAUCGCGACAACCGUGACCCGAGGGAUCAUCGCGAUUCUCGUGACCCACGCGAUUCUCGCGAUCACCGUGACGACCGCGACGGUCGGGACAUACGUGAUCAUGGGUACCGUGACCGCGAUUCCAAUUAUAGAUCCCAUCAUAAGGAUAGAGAUGGAUCGCGAGGCCGUGGGCGGCCGCGUAACUGA